GGCUUUCUCCACUCAUGCUCCAAAUUCAUGUUUGACAAAUCCUCGAAGACUUGAAAGUUUUCUACUGCUGAAUCCGGAAUCCGGGCACACAGAUUCAAUAUGGUGCCCACAAUAUGCAAUUUGCACAUAUAAGUCCCCCACACUGCACCCAUUUUUCAUCGAUUCAGUCAAAUUCCCCCUCAUUUCGUCUCAAGUUCGAAUCUUCGCAAAUUCAAUCUGUAACUGCUCACACUACUUCACUGCCUGCUUCUUUGGCCAGACUCUCCUUCACAAGGCUCGUCCUGAGUUCAAAUCUCCGCAUUCCCUGCUGCCAAAUAUGGUUAAAAGUAAAACCUCGCCAAAGCAGAAAGCCCAAAACACACACCAGACACAACAUUUCAAGGGAGUGCGAAUAAGAAAGUGGGGGAAAUGGGUUUCGGAAGUGAGAGUACCCAAUUCCAGAGCCAGAAUUUGGUUGGGAUCUUAUGAUUCCCCUCACCAGGCUGCUCGUGCAUAUGACUGUGCUGUGUAUUGCCUCAGAGGAUGCAAAACCAAGUUUAAUUUCCCCGACUCUCUGCCGGAAAUUCCAUCCGCCUCUUCGCUAUCUGCGACACAAAUUCAAGCUGUUGCGGCCAAAUUUGCCCUGGAAGGUACCGCCACUUUUUCUGGUUCAGAAUCGCAGUCGCCUGUAGACAGCCAACAAAUUUUAGAGGAGCCGGAUUUGAGACUGUUUGAUUCGCUUCUUCAGGAUAUUGAGAGCAGCCAAUCUCAAGAUUUGGAGGAUUUUUUGUCAUCAGACGAGGUUUUCAGUAUUGAGGACAUUGAUUUUCUCUUGCCAGAGGAAAGGGGGAUUUUUUUCCAGCAAACGGACGAACGACGGGGUUUAUUUCCAAAUUCAAACUAACUGACGAAAUAUAUGUCAGAAGAAAUUAGUUUGAAGAGCGUGGGAUAUUACGGCGCUUUGUAAUACUGGAAUUCUUUAUUCUUUUUCUAUACUGUUGUUCCCAAAAAGUUCUACUUUUCCUGCUUUGGAUAUCUGUAAGAUGUUUUCCAGAGAAGGAAAACAAUAUAAAAGAAGUAUUAAUCAAAUCUACUUCUAUAAUCUUUUUCCUACAGAUGAUUUUGACAGAUUGAAUCUUGCGAUACCUUGUUGUUUAAUCAAAGAUGAUUUCUGAUUUAGAAGUCAAAUUGUUGCAAUC